AUAGAAAUUGAUUGGGUGGUUUUCACUUGAAGGCCCCGUCGCAGUCGCUGUCGAUUUUCAUUAUAUAAAUCAAUUCAUUUGUGGAGUAUCUCCGGUCGAUUUCUGACUAAUAUUUACAUUGUGGAGUAUAUAAUAUUGUAUUUGAGAAACUCCGCAAUCAAAAGAAACUCCGAGCAAACAAAAACUGUAUAGAUAAAUAUGCACGGUGUACGUAUUUUGUGAUAACAUGGCCUGAUAAUGCUAAGCCAAUAAUUUGAUAAGGGAGUCGAUGGUAAAAUAUCACCGAUACUGUCCUUGUAUCAAAAACCAAUCGAUUCAAUAUUUUACAACUAUAAUUGAAGAUCAGUUCGGUUGUAAUACCCCGUUCGAUGUUGAUGUCCGAGUGCGAUAGGUAGUCCGAGUGGUGUGUGGUAAUCUCCGGCAAUUUGGACGCUUUUGUAACCGAAGAUAAUCAGUGGAACCUAAAACGGAUUAAAGCGGGUCGCAGUUGUGCUUGGUGUUAUGUCAGCCUUCAAUUCCGCCGGAUACUAUGACGACUACAAUGCCUACAGUGGACAGUUCCAGUUCUAUGCCCCGGAUUACAUUUUACAGCCCGAGACUGACUACAAGUAUGAUUUAUUCGACACUAAAAUAUCCUCACAGCGCUCGGGAUUUCACAUAUCAGAUAUCUUAAACCUAGACAAUACCGACUUAAAAGCCACCAGUGGAUUGCAACCUAAUUUAUGCAGUGAUGCCUGUAAUGAGCCCAACACCUUCGGUGAUACCACUGCAGCCCACCUUAAUAACAAUAGUCAACAAAACGGCGUUCAGUCAACAACGCAAUAUGUAUCGCCGUCACACAACGCGGGAACUCCAUCCUUCGGUGAAAAUAUUGGCUAUCACCACCACCUCAGUCAUCCCCUCCUGCAGUCGUCGCGGUGGAUCCGUGAAGGCGAGCACUAUGGUAUGACCCAAUCCGCUAGUCCUGAUAGCACAUCCCCCGUCACAUCCGAUAUGUCCUACAAUCUAAUCGAGCCCGGAUCAAAUACCCUCAGUUACAAAGCGGACAACAAUCUAAACAAUACAUCAGAAAAGAUCCCCAACAGUGAGCACUCCAAUGAUAUUGACGAGGAAAUCCACGAGGAAGAAAACGAAAAGGACUCAUCACUGAACGAAGGCUCAGGUCCGCACAAGAAGCGAAAACGACGAGUCUUAUUCACCAAAGCACAAACCUUCGAGCUGGAGCGACGCUUUCGUCAGCAAAGGUACCUCUCAGCUCCUGAACGUGAACACUUGGCCAGCCUCAUCCGACUCACCCCCACUCAAGUGAAAAUCUGGUUUCAAAAUCAUCGAUACAAAACCAAACGGGCGCAGAGCGAGAAGGGAAUGUACGACCACGCAGCAGUACAUCAACGUCCCAGCACACUCACCUCCCCCCGACGCGUAGCCGUCCCUGUCCUCGUGAGAAACGGAAAGUCCUGCCUGACCGAGGGAAAACCCACCGACUCAAUCACGUCCUCGUUACAAACCGCGCACUUAGUCCUCCCCACGAGUACCCUCUACCAGCAUUCGAAUCUGCUCCCGCCACCCCCUCCCAACCGGGGCUGGUGGCCCUAAUAAUUCGACCCUUCUGUUCCAUAGGUUAGAACUCAUUGUUUCCAAGACUCGAAUAUUGGACAAUAAAGUCAUUUAUCAUGAGGUGGUGCAAUAUCAAAUAUUCCUUCUUAAUUUAUUCCAAAAAAUUACUGGAGAGUCACGGCUGUCUGCAGCGCCAAAAAUUGAACGCGUCGAUCAAAAACUACCCCCGCCCAGUGCGACCUUCACUGAUUGAUUAAUAUGUAUGUAAAAAUGUAGUGUUAGGAUGUAAUUUGAAAAUUGUUUUUGUUUUGUUUUCAAAGCAACUUGAUCAGGAGAAUUUCCUUUUAUGUAUGUAAAUUUGUAAUUACGACCCUACGAAUAUAUAACAUAAUUGAACUGUAUGUACACCCAUAGUUAACUUAUUGAGACAAACUUGUAUAUUUAGAAAGUUAUUAGAGUACCUUCGAAGCAAAUAAAGUGAAAUGCG